AAAAGCUGAUAAUUACACUAGGCAGUGCAAUCUGGAAGUAUGCCCAUCUCCUCACUGCCACAAUCUCUGGCAGACUGGAGAAGCCAGGCUCAAGUUCUCACCCCAACAGAAUAUGAACCAUACGAUCUCUGGCGUCCUCUCAUCCCCUACUUCCAAAGUCACGGCCUCGCCCUCUGGGAGGCACCUCCUGAUUAUCCUGGUUAUGCCUACGCCUUGCUCGAACCUCAAGGAAUCGAAAGAGCGCCCGACGGCUUUUCGUACCUCACGGAAUACUACCCUGAUGGUCUCCCUCCAGGAAUAUCAGACCGUUUUCCACACAUUAAUCCUAUCAUAUGUCCUGCACGUACCACGGAUGGUCGAGACGUCAUAAUACGACUCGUCUGCAUAAGCGCAGAUCCCAGUCCCUCCGGAGCCCGCCACCUUUCCAUCUUACGUCAAAUUGCGAAAGGUCAUGUCGCCUGCAUAGGGAAUAACCAUAUCGUUCCCGUUCUUCAGGAAUUGACUGAUGUCGAAAGCGGACUCACGUUCGUUGUGCAGCCGAAGCUGUAUUUUUUGGAUACGUUGCCGCAGUGGUACACUCCACGUGAGGCUGCCGAUUUCGUCGUGCAGAUCUUCGAGGGCCUGGAGUUCUGCCACAAGCGCCUCAUUGCACAUCUCGAUAUAGGCUGUGACAACAUUCUUUGCAACUGGCGCGGGGGUCCUAAAUCUCCUCGGUAUGAUAAUCCCUCGGAAAAACCGACCGUGCCAUUUCGCUCCCAUUUCCCUAUUCGUUACUAUCUCAACGAUUUCGAAAUCGGGCUCUCGUUUGACGAAACCUCAGAUCCAUCGUCUAGGACGACGACAGGCUUCCCUCAUACCGUGUCGGGCAGAAAAGGGUCAUACGGGCGAGCUCCGGCCCCAGAGAUGCUGAAACUGGAUGUGCCUCAUUGCCCGUUCCGUGUCGAUGUGUGGCAGGCUGGCAGGAUGAUGAAGGAAAGUAGCGAAUAUGAGGACAUAGACGUGCUGCCUGAGUAUCACGGCCUGUUUGACGAGAUGAUGGCUGAGGACCCGCUCGCUCGUCCUACGAUGAGUGAGGCUUUGCGUAGAGCGCGCGAGCUAAGAUUAACGCUUCCGCAGGUCAUUUAGUUUUUCGCUCUACCUUUAUCGCUGGUGGAUGUGUACAUUGAAUUGCGUAGACUGGUGCAGGUUCUAUGACAACCGCACGAAUGACUCGGGCUCCC